GGGUGACGUGUCCGCCAGCGUCCGGCUGUGGCGGCGGCGGCGGCGGCGGCGGUAGCGGCGGGUGGGAAAUGGCGGAGUAUUUGGCCUCCAUUUUCGGCACAGAAAAAGACAAAGUCAACUGUUCAUUUUAUUUCAAAAUUGGAGCUUGUCGUCAUGGAGACAGAUGUUCUCGGUUGCAUAAUAAACCAACCUUUAGCCAGACCAUCUUGAUUCAAAACAUCUAUCGUAACCCCCAAAACAGUGCACAGACGGCUGACGGCUCACACUACCAUUGCCCUCUUGAACAUUUACCGUAACCCUCAAAACUCUUCCCAGUCUGCUGACGGUUUGCGCUGUGCAGUGAGUGAUGUUGAAAUGCAAGAACACUAUGAUGAAUUCUUUGAGGAGGUUUUUACAGAAAUGGAAGAAAAGUAUGGUGAAGUUGAGGAGAUGAAUGUUUGUGAUAACCUUGGGGAUCAUCUUGUAGGAAAUGUAUACGUAAAGUUUCGCCGUGAAGAAGAUGCAGAAAAGGCUGUCAUUGACUUAAACAAUCGCUGGUUUAAUGGACAGCCAAUUCAUGCAGAGCUUUCACCUGUGACGGACUUCAGAGAAGCUUGCUGUCGCCAAUAUGAAAUGGGAGAAUGUACUCGAGGCGGCUUCUGUAACUUUAUGCAUCUGAAACCCAUCUCUAGAGAGCUACGACGGGAGUUGUAUGGGCGUCGUCGUAAGAAGCAUAGGUCCCGAUCAAGAUCUCGUGAACGUCGUUCUCGAUCAAGAGAUCGCGGUCGUGGUGGUGGUGGUGGUGGCGGCGGCGGCGGCGGCGGUGGCGGUGGUGGCGGUGGUGGAGGAAGGGAACGUGAUAGGAGGCGGUCAAGAGAUCGUGAAAGAUCUGGUCGAUUCUGAGCCAUGCCAUUUUUACUGUAUGUCUGCUAGAAAGUCUUGUAGUUGAUUGACCAAACAAAGUUCAUAAUGAGAAUUUUUUUCUAAAAAACAACAAAACAAAAAAAAAGAUGGGCUUCUGAAUAAAAUUUGUAGUGAUACAGUAUUCUUGGCGUAACUGUUUCUUGUGGGAAGUCUUAAUAAUUUUCAUUUCUUUACCUCGUCAAAUGCAUGACCUGGCAGUGCUUGAGGUGAAGGUAAUACAGAUUCCCUGCCCUUUGAAUGUUUGGGGAUAGAUAAAAUUUGAUUUGUGAACUUUAUAUAAAUAGAAAACUUAUUUGAAGAAACCAUAAACUGAACAAGUAACUAAACAAGCUUGAUGCAUAAAAAUUAACUUUUAUAAUAUUUUCUUUCCUGCUAUGCGAGUGUCAGGUUAAUUUAAACAGACCUGGGGACAUCCUUUUUAUUUACUCUGUAGAAAUACUUAGCUAGAAACUUGAUUUGUGACCAGAAAUCUCUGCACUGUAAACUAGCAUAUUUACAGUAAAGCCAAUUUUUUAGUAUAAAAUAUUGUCUUAGUGUAUCUUUAAUGGAAAUUGAUAGUGGUGUCUGUAUAUAAUUAGAGGUUUUUUAAAUGGUAUUUCAUGCAUAAUGCCCCAAAAUUAGAGUAGUGCCUAGAAGAUCAGUAUUAAGAUUACACUGAUGUUGAUAGUGUCUCAUAACAGUCCAUUAGGCCAUUCUGCCACAAUUGGCAUUCCACAAGGCAAGUUAAAUCUUAUCAGACUAAUAUACCUUUAUAAGGGUUUCUCCAAACCUAAAAAUUCUCUAUCUAAAAAUCAGAUUUAUUCAUAUUUAAUUUCUCUGCUUUGUAAAGUGAUACAUAAUGGUUGGUGGUUGUGCAUUUAAAUUUCUCUAAUUGUUGAUUAACUGCCAUCAGUUAAUAUACUAUUUAAGUGCUGGCAGCUAAAAAUGUUUUCGUUUUUCCCCCUUUUUAGUGCAUAGCAGAACUAAGAUUAAAGUUAAGAAUAAAAACGUUUUUUAAAAGCUUUAAACCUGAAAUGGACAAUUGUCAAAAGCAAACCCAAUAUACGUCUAAGUGAUUAACUAGAGAAGCAUUAGAGUUCCAAAAGAGGUGUUAUCCAAGCCUACUUUAUCGUGAUUGUUCUGUAUAAUGUAGGCAGAGCCUUAUUGUAUGUGUAUUUUAAAAAUGAGCUUUUUAACUCUGUAUGCAGUUCCCCCUGUUCAAUUUAAUUUUUAAAAAAUGCACAUUGCUGUGUUGGAAAGAGCACCCUGCUUUUCAAAAGCUAGAAAUUCAAUAAAUAUUUAAAAGAACAUUCUCUGCCUAUAUUUUUCAUGAAAGUAAUGUAAUGUUUCUGAAAUACACUUGACAAAAAUAUUCCAUUAAUUGAUGGAAUUAAUUCCAUUGAUUAUAACCCAGAUAUAAUGUAUGGAGUAGGGGAGGGGGCUUAUGAAAAUUAAUUUGAAGUUAGUAAAACCAGUUAACUUAGUUUUGAUCAUUGUAUCUUCCCUCCAAAGUAAACAUGAAAUCAGUCAUUUGGUGCAUCAUAGAUUUCAGUGAAAACUUGUAAUCGCCAUUUAGACAAGAAAGGUAGGGGAAGUUUUACUUUGUAUUUCUUGAUUUUUUUUUCCUGUGAACCUAGCUUAUAAUUAAAGUCUUAAAGUUUCUUUAACCUGAAAUUAAUGAAGAUUCAGACAGUAAAACUGAGAAAACCUACUCACUUCCUACCCCUCUGUGCCCCUAAUACAGGACUGGAAUAAGGAAGAAGAGGAAAGUUUUGUUCCAAAGAUGACAUCACACUGUGUUGCUACUUCUGUUUGAGUAUACUAUGAUCUCAACUGGUGAAUAACAGCUAAUAAACAUUAAGUAAACUCAUGGAAUCAGCCUACAGGAAGUAAAGUGAUAACUUUACUUGGGUCCAUGAAGUUUUUCUUUUUGAUUGGAAUUUAUCCCAAGUGGCUUCCUUUUUUUGCUUUAGGUUAAAAUCCAGUUAUUUCUGUAAAAUGUUGCUUGUCCAUGAUUAUAUGAUGUAUGUUUAAAAAAGACUGUAAAACCAAAUGGAGAAAAGUUGUUGAAAAUAAAGGUUUUUUAUAAGGAA